AUGCAGGAAGCAUACAGAAAAGACAUGGAGAGAGCAUUUGGUAUUCUCCAAGCUCGUUGGGCAAUCAUAAAAGGACCAGCUCGUGGGUGGAGUAAGGAGAACCUUCAAUACAUCAUGAUGACGUGCAUUAUCUUGCACAAUAUAAUUGUUGAAGAUGAGCAUGAUGAAGAUGCAGCAGAGCCAUUUGAUCCGGAUGAUAUCCCAACCAUACCAAGGAAAGCAGAGAUAUAUAAGAGACCAGAAAUGGACACCGAUGUUCAUCGCAAUCCGCAACAACUAAAUCAAUUCUUGCGUCGUUAUAGGGAGGUUAGAUGUCCAGUGAUGAAUAAAAACCUCCAAGACGAUCUAGUCGAUCACCUAUGGACCAUGAAGUUACAAGCUGAUCAGAACCACCAGUGA